AUUCUAUUUGUACAGUGUUAUAAAUCAGUCAUAAGGACGAGUACUGGCCUCAUCGCUCCACUACUUAGCAGCUAGUAUACCGGGUGGCUGGUCAUAUCUGUCAACACAAGACAUCGGGUAACAUCAUCUCUUCUGAAGGGGAAUAUACUUUUAACUUUUAUUUACAAAUAUUACUAGCUUGUUUUAUAGUUUUAUCUAUAGGAAAAAACGUUUUUUAACAACAACAAAAGGAAAUGAUGUGAUUUAUCUUCGGAGGAAGUGACAUUUGCAUCGGAGAUUUAACAUUUAACGUGGCAAUAUGCCGAAGUCUUUCCUUGUUCGAAAGUACCUCAAGAAGCAGCAGCAGCAACUGGAACAAAAGGAGAAGGAAGAGCUGCAAGCGCAACAGGAGGAACAUAUAGAGAACCUUGGCCUGAAACCCAGUGAGGCAGCACACCAACCGCGCCAUAUCGUGGAAUCCGCAGCCACUGCAGCCGAAACAAGGCAUGACGCAAUAGAUUGUACAGCAUCCACUCCUCCAGUCGUCGAAGGGGCAGAACUCAAACGGGAACAUAUGCAGGAUAUAGAAAGCCAACAUGACAUGCCAAGGAGUUCACAUGUGGUCCGAAAACCCAAGACGCUAAAAUUGCAGCCAUUCAGUCAUGGAUAUAUGCCAAAAGACAGAAUAGAUCCACGAAUCAGCUACCCAUUCUCUCCCUUAUGUCACGAACAGAAAUUAUAUAAUUACAUGCUCCCAUCUCCGGGUUCACUACACUGUGGUAUGGGAAUGACCGACGCUCUUUCUCCACUUCCGGUCUACUCCUUCCGUCAGCAUGAACUUGCAUCUCCUGGAUCGCCAGUAACACCAGUGAUUAGUCCUGUGCGUGAACAAGAACUAGAUUUAUCCAUGAAGGAGGUUAGACGACAACAGCAGGAGUUAGUGGACAAGGAACGUCUCCAAUCUGCAGGUUUCCCGAACAAUCCAGACAAUUAUCAGGCGAAAAUGAAAGUAGAAACAAAAAACAAUGUGAACCAUGAACAGUAUCCUUCUACAUCUAUGAUGAGGCGGUCCCUCCUUCAAGGUGUAGAGCUUGUCAACGGCGGAUAUGGUAUAAAGAAUCCUCUCCUCGCCCACAUCCGUAUGGACGACGGCGCGGCGGAGGAAUUAGCAGAACAGACCAACGACGACAAAUAUAUAUGCAAAGUGUGCAACAAGUCCUUCCAGCUUCAGCGGCUGCUUAACAGACACCUUAAAUGCCAUAGCGAGAUUAAACGAUACCUGUGCACGUUCUGUGGCAAAGGUUUCAACGACACCUUCGAUCUUAAGCGACACACGAGAACGCAUACAGGUGUCAGACCAUACAAAUGUGACCAGUGCGGGAAAGCUUUCACUCAACGAUGCUCGCUAGAAUCUCACUGUAGAAAAGUCCACAAUUCCAAAUUCGCUUUUGCUUACAAGGAACGCCGAAGGAAACUGUACGUUUGUGAAGACUGUGGACACACAACUAGUGACCCCGGGGUGCAUUACGUUCACCUUAAAAACUUCCACCCUCAAAGUCCCGUCUUAAUGAAAUUUUAUGAUAAAAGACAGUUUAAAUUUGCCGAGGAGAAUUCCUUGAGCCAAUGCGCAAUACAGUAUUGAUCGAGAUAUAUUCCAACAUGCUAUCUACCUAUGUUGCUCAGCCUUGUUGGCCAAUGACCGCUAACGAAUACAUGUAUAAACUAUGCAGUUGUCAUACGUCAUCUGAGGUUAUCUGGGGUCAUCUGAGCUCAUCAGUUCAACACAUGUUAUAGAUUUUCACCAGGACAAUUUACAUCAACAACGUGCAGAGGAAAUACAACUCAGUAUAAUCAUUAUGACGUUUAUAUAAGUACUUCCGUAUUCAUGAUGACGAUACUCUUUUACAGACAAUUGCAAUAAGUAAAAAAUUGUGUUCAAAUGCUCUUUUAUUUUACUUAAUAUGUUUGAUCUCAAAUGUUUCCUUAUUGCUUUAAUAGAAAUAUAUAUAUAAUAUUCAUAAGAACAUAACGCUCUGCUAAUAGCAUGACGUCAUUAAUGACAUAAUCAUAUUUUCCUAUUACUAACACUGUACAUAAAGCCCUACCAAAGAUUCUUUAAUUUCCUAUCUUAACAUUAAUCUCUAUUUGACUUUAUUAGCAAAAUUGUUUCUGUAAAUUCAUAAUGGUGGUUACCAAAAUUUUAUAUAGACAUUUUUUCUGCAUGGCAAAUAAAAACACUUUUAUGUUAGAGUCGUCUAAGAUAGGCUUGUAGAAAAUAUUUUUAUAAAUAUAUUUAUGCUAAUGCAUACAAAACGUUUUAUAAAUAAUAUAUUUGUAAAUUGAUGACUGUAUCAUUUUAUGUUCAUCAAUUAUGUAUAUAAUUAUUUUGCCGAAAGUCAGUAUGUAUGCUAUAUAUAUAUAUAUCUGUGUGCAAUAUUUAGAGAGUUGAUAUGGAUUUUAUUACACUGUCAAUGUUGAUAUUAUAUGACCAUACCUGUUCACCAUGAGUCAUAUCCAUAACUACGAACUGGAUCUGUUGAUGAAACGAUCUAAACCUAGGUAAUAAAUGCCAUAGAAAUGCAUGUAAUAAAAACAUAGUUUGUGACAUGCUCAGUUGAUCUUCUUCAAACAGGAAUAUGUUUGUGUUACGUUCCUCCUACAAUCAAACGAGAAACUUGCAAUGUUUGUUAUGCUACUAGUCGGAUAGUGCAUGGCAAGGCAAGGGACAUAGGAUGCAAUAAAUCAUAUCAAACUUAUCCCAUUUCUGUAUACAGCUAAAUCGACAGUCACUUCUAUAUCUCGAAGCCAAUUAAGUUACCUUGCAGCUAUUUCUACCUAUUAAACGCGUGUUUAUCAAAAUUGUUUAAUUUCUCUUUCAUUAUAAUUUAACGGCGCUAGCAAUUUUUACGAAAAAAAAAAGAUUUAGACAUUCAGAGUUUUCUUUUCUAAAACUGUUUUAGACAGAAACUUCAAAAUAUCGUCAGAAACAAUAUAAAAUGCUAAACAAAAUUAUGUUUUAAAAAUGUUUAUUCUAGAAUAAACGUAUACAUCCCGUCUGAUUACAAAGAUAGAAAUGAUCCUAGUCUGAACUGUAUAUAGUAGAGUCAUAUGACUAUAUCAUUAAGGCUGCAUUAAUCGGUUUAGAAAUAGUGUUUUGGUGCAAUGUAAGGUAGACUCCAUUUUCUUUUAUUUGUUUUGAAUACAAAUGAGGCUUUAUCAAUUGUACUGGUUGACUUUGCCUCUAACAUUGAUAGCGAUCUCAUAGGAAAUGAAUGCGUUGAUAUAUAGAAAUACAAUAUAUUUUAUCAAGAUAGCUUUCUGCCAAUUAAAUAUGCCAACAUUUUAUGAUGGUAUAUCCGUAGUAAUGAAUAGUGCUGUGUCAUUUGUAUAAAGAAUUAUCAUUUAUAAACUGUAUAUAAAAUUUUAAUAAAUGUGAGCAUUAUUCAUAUGUACGAAGUGGCAUACGAUGAACGUAAGUGAUCAUAAUUAUUCUAAACAGCAGACCCAUAUUUGGCAUGAUAAGAAUACUUUAAGUGAUUGUGUUUUAUCUGAAGGAAGCCAUUUUUAUAGAAGAACACCUGUGGAGUGGAACUGGACGUGUUCACCUGUGCCACACAGUGAUAGAGUACCGUUGAUUUUAAGUUCAAACUAGUGCUGAAAAUGGAGAUGUUCUUUAUAUAUGUAUAUA